GCAACUCUCUUCCAUUACAGCAUUACUUAUUAAAACCCCUCCAAAAUUCGCUCUCAUUAUUUCUCUCAAAACCUCAAGUAACCAUUACUCACCAUUUCGGUACCUCUCGUUAGAAAGUUUUUUCAUUUACGUCCCUAUAGUGAUAGCCAUCAUAAGCUGCUUCAGCGACAACCACCAUGUGUGGCGGUGCUAUCAUCUCCGACUUUAUACCUCCCGCGGUCGCUGGGCGAUCUUCUCGGCGGUUGACAGCUGAUUUUCUUUGGCCUGAUCUAAAGAAACCCAUUGGAAAGCAGUACUCAAAACCUGUUGUUGAUCUUGACAAUGAUUUCGAGGCUGAUUUUCAGGAGUUCAAAGAUGAAUCUGAUGCCGAUGAGGAAGAUGAUGUCAUGCUUGAUGUCAAGCCUUUUGCUUUUUCUGCUACUGCCUCUCCUCCUGCUCGCAAUCGCUCUUCCUCUCGUGGAUCUGCAGCUGUCAAAUCUGUGGAAUUCAAUGGGCAGGCAGAAAAAUCUGCAAAAAGAAAGAGAAAGAACCAGUAUAGAGGAAUCCGGCAGCGCCCAUGGGGAAAAUGGGCUGCUGAGAUUCGUGAUCCCCGGAAAGGGGUGCGUGUCUGGCUAGGAACAUUCAAUACUGCAGAAGAAGCUGCAAGAGCAUAUGACGCGGAGGCACGUAGAAUUCGUGGCAAGAAAGCUAAAGUUAACUUCCCCGAGGAAGCUCCGCAUGCUUCACCAAAACGUCCAUCUAAGGCAAACUCUCAGAAAUCACUUGGCAAAACAAACUUGGCUGAGAAUUUGAAUUACUUGGACAAUCCAGAACAGGACUACUUCAAUUCUAUGGGCUUUGUUGAAGAGAAACCGCCAGUGAGCCAGUUUGGUAUAAUGGACUCUCUUCCUGUUAAUGGAGAUGCUGUAGUAAACUCCAUUACUCCAAGUGACAAUGUUCCCAUGUAUUUCAAUUCUGAUCAAGGGAGCAACUCUUUUGAGUGUUCUGACAUUGGAUGGGCAGAGCAGGCUGCAAAGACUCCUGAAAUCUCAUCUGUUCUCUCAGCUACUCCUGAAAUUGACGAAUCUCUAUUUAUAGAGGAUGCUAACCCCAAAAAGAAGCUGAAAUCUGACUCUGGCAAUGAGGCGCCUGCAGAAGAAAACAAUGGAAAAUCUCUGUCUGAUGAGCUGUUGGCCUUUGAAAACCAGAUGAACUAUCAGAUGCCUUAUCUCGAGGGGAGUUGGGAAGCUUCGCUUGAUAGCUUCCUGAAUGGAGACACAACUCAGGAUGGCGGAAACCCAAUGGACCUGUGGAGCUUUGAUGACCUCGCUGGCAUGGUUGGGGGUGUUUAUUGAUCAAAAUCUUCAUUACUCAUUAGCUUCUGUAAAUAAGUCUACAUGUUAGGAUGAUUCUGUGUCUGAUAUGUAGUACAAGCAAUCUGGACUUUGCUUAAUCCUCUGUGGAGUAGGUGUUCUGAGGAGCUUUUGGUGCAAGAGUAGUACAUAGGUAUUUAGGUUCCCAUUUACAUUUUGAGACAUUGGACUUGGCUUGUUGAAUUUGAUGCUUGUAUUUGGCAAUGCCAGUGUGAUUUGUGUUGAAAACUAAGAAACUCAUAUGAAAUUUAACUCUGCUGUUAUUCUCUGACAUUCGUCUUAGGUAUUAAAUUUUACAUACGAGGCCAUCAUUUUUGAAUCA